AUGUGGGGAAAGAUCGUCGUUAAAACAAACGUUUCUAUGUGCGUGAAGGCAGUGUUUUUUGUGCUUGCUUGCUGCAUCGUUUUGUUAAAGAAACCGUAUUAUAAAGUAGCUGCUAUGGCUGCACAGAGGUCUCUAUUGUUCUUCUUUGUGCUGGUGUUUACCUCUCUGCUGCUACUGGCUGGUCUGACUCUGGAGGUGAGGAGUGGAGGAGCUUCAGACAGCUUCCUAAGCAGACGUAUUGAAGUCCAAAAUGAGAAAAUCACAUCUAGUUUGUUGUACAAUCCCAAGAAAAAACGGAGCAAACAUACGUCUCCAGUUCGCAUACAACACGGUCAACGAGUCCUACAAGGGCAACAUCAUAAAUCACCACGCAAACACUACCAGCCCCUCACCCACUCGGACAUUGCAGGAGUUGAGAAAUUUGUAUUUUUCACCGGAUAUCCUCGCAGUGGACACAGCAUAGUCGGCAGUUUAAUCGAUGCCCAUCCAAAUAUCCUAUUAUCUUUCGCUUUCUACCUCUUCUCUCAGCUGCUAUCCAACAGCACAGAGGUGCAGGACAGAGAAACCAUGUUCGAAGAAAUACACAAAAAGAGUUUCCAGUACUCGAUGAUCUCGCCGAAAAAAGACGACAAGGGGUACACACUAGACGUUCCCGGGAGCUGGGCGGGGCGCUUCGUGGGGGGUCUAAAAGUCAUCGGAGACAAGUCGGCCAAAGCUGCUCCAGAUGCGUACCUCGAAAUCAAUAAUCAGUCAAAAUUUAUAGAGCUGUACCGAAGGCUGCAGGAUUUGGUCAAAGCACCUCUUCAUGUGAUACAUGUGGUCAGGAAUCCAUUUGAUAUUAUAGCCACUCACGCACUUAAUGAGUACGGUGAUGGCCACGGUGGGCCUGAAGCAAGAUACAACUUCACAGAGGAGCACCGAUUGGUCAAGCACAAGCUGCUAAAUAAGUCGGCUAAGGCAGUCAUGGAGAAAGCACGUGCUGUACAUGAGAUGAAGUCACUCUGUGACAUGACUGUAUUGGAAAUACAUAACGAGGAUUUAGUACAACGCCCUGCUGCCACGGUAACUCAAAUAUGUAGAUUCCUUCAAGUGCCUUGUCCAAGCAGAUACGUUGCUGCAUGUGUGGAUAAAGUGUUCCCUGUUGUGUCCAAGACUCGGAGCAAGGUGGAGUGGUCAUAUGACCUCCGACAAUGGGUGGAGCAAGAAAUGAACAAAUACCCUUUCUUUAACAGAUACUCUUUUGACAUGCAUUGACUGUUAUACAUGCAUGUGUAUAAUUAUAGCUUCUAGUUUUGUCAUCUCAUAUUUAUAUCUUGAAUUUAAUUACACAAUUUAA